AAGAGACGCAGUAUUGACUGUCAUUACAUCAAAUGCAAGCAUCCUUCUAGGACUAGACCACACUUCAGAAUAGGCUACGGUACUCUACCGCUAACAAGGACGUUUUUCUUUUGGAUUUCGCGUUUUUACUAUUUUUCUUUAAUAAAGACUUGUGUUCUUGACUGUUACAAAUAUGAAGGAAAGGAGAAAUCCACAACCGUUGGUGGUGAGAUGUAAACUGGUUCUUGUUGGGGAUGUUCAAUGCGGAAAAACUGCGAUGUUGCAAGUCCUCGCGAAGGAUUGUUAUCCAGAGACUUAUGUUCCCACAGUGUUUGAGAACUACACAGCGUGUCUGGAACUUGAGGAGCAGCGUGUGGAGCUCAGUCUGUGGGACACGUCAGGUUCUCCCUACUAUGACAAUGUGAGGCCUCUCUGUUACAGUGACUCUGAUGCGGUGCUCCUCUGUUUUGACAUCAGCCGCCCAGACACCUUCGACUGUGGGCUCAAGAAGUGGAAGACAGAGAUCUUAGAUUUCUGCCCCAGCACACGCAUCCUUCUCAUUGGCUGUAAGACCGACCUGCGCACAGACGUCUGCACCCUGAUGGAGCUGUCCAAUCAGAAACAGGUCCCCAUCACCCAUGAGCAGGGUUCCUCCAUGGCCAAGCAGCUUGGUACUGAGGCCUACCUGGAGUGUUCAGCGUUCACCUCAGAGAAGAGUAUCCACAGUGUGUUCCGUACGGCCUCUCUGGCUUGCAUCAACAAGCUCCAGCCCCUCCCCAAGACCAGCCCCACUCAACGCUUAUCCAAGAGGCUCCUCCAUCUCCCCAGCCGCUCCGAGCUGCUCUCCUCCACCUUCAAGAAGGAGAAGACCAAGAGCUGCUCCAUCAUGUGAGUGGAGACCCGGGGCGGGGUGGCUUUCGCUCCCUUCCAACACGCUGCUCCGAUUCCCCAGAACCCCUUGACUGUUUGGUUUGGGGAAGGUGUGGUUGGUUUCAUCACGAUAGCUUUAACAUGAGAAGGCUCUUCCUCCAUGCUGACCCCCCCCCCCCGCCCCCAAAGUCAAAUAAAUUCAGAACAGGUGGACACCUUGUCCUGAACUACUCUUCAGUGCAUAUCACAUCUUUUCCACUACUGUAACUUGGCUUUUUGAUCAUCAGCGAACCAUUUUUCUCACCUGUUACAGUAACGGUAUGCAACCAUGAUGGCGUGACAUCACUACUAUUUAGGACCAUGUUGAUUUGUCCAAAUUGACAUGUGACAAAGCUUUAACAUUGGGAUGUAAAAAUGCCUCUCAAGACAAUUAAAUACCUAUUUAAAAAAACUAAAUUGAGCAUGAUAAUAUCUCAGACAUUACUGAAAAUUGUAUACCCUCUGUAUUACAGAGUGUCAACUAUAAGGUGUAGCAACAUGAGCAAAUCAGUGGUCAAACAGUGUUUGUGCUCUUCUUGAUUAAGGCCCAACGGGGGCUGACUGAUUGAGAGAGAUGUGGAGAGAGGAGUGUUUGAUGGGAUCAUUGCAUGAACAGAGGGCCAUUACACUUCUCAUUGUCUCGGCCGUGAGGAGAGGAGGACUUGACGGAUAAGGGCUGAUUGCGUGAACAGGAAGGUGUCAGGAAGACAGACAAGCAAGCAGGCAGGCGGACGAACGGACAAGCAGACAGGCAGGCAAGCAGGCAGACCAACAUGCAGGCAGACAGACAGACAGAUAUACACACAGACAGACAGACAGACACCAGUGUGAGCCAUCUGCUCUCAGUCAGUGGAGUACCAGGUUACAGAGGAAAAGUACAGAACAGAUGGAUAUUGGAGCUUUGGGAGAAGAAAAGAGGGAAGUUACAAAACAAUGUGAAUGUACUGGAGCUUCCAGAGAUAGAAAACAAUGUGAAUGUACUGGAGCUUCCAGAGAUAGAAAACAAUGUGAAUGUACUGGAGCUUCCAGAGAUAGAAAACAAUGUGAUUGUAGCUGAGAAUUGUCUGAUGAGGAGUGCUUUGAUGAAGAAAAAACCACUUCCAGGGAGUGGGGUAUUGUUUUAACCAGGGCCAUAGGCACAACACAGUUUAAUGCAGCUCUGUCAAGAGAUCUGUGAAGUUACAUCUGGUAAUGGUUGGCAGGUCAGUGUUGCAAUUCCUUGAGGUGAUUAUUUACAGGACUGUCUGUUUGAAACUAGAAGAUGCUGCUUAAAAACUUGGCUGAAUCCACUGGGGAAAUGUGAUGUCCAGUUCACAAAAAUCCUACCACAGAAGAACGUGUAGCAUCACAGUAUUGGUCUUUUGAUAAUCAACGAUGAUCAAACAAUAUACAGUUUCCAUUAUACCAUUCAAGUAAUAACCCCUAAGUUUCAUCAAGAUUUUUGGAAAUAUGGCUGUUGAUUUAUUUAAUGUUCAACAAUAUAGCACUCCACUUCCUUUAGUCUCCUCUCUUCCUAAAUGUUUCUACUCUUCCUUCCCGUUCUCUCGUUAUUCUGUCACACCUCAAGUCCCAGCAUCAUGGAGGGCAGUCCAGUCCAAUGUGUCACUAAACUAGAAGCCUUUUUCAGCUUUAAUAUUUUGCUUCUUGGUUAUAAUCGUGUGUGUGCAGUACAGCAUUGAUCUAUCUCGGCUUUAACUAUCAAGCAAUAAUGAUUUAAGUGAUUGUGAUGCAAAGUCAGCUGAUCGAGUGGCCAACAUAUCCUGCUGCUACUCCAUGGAUAUACAUACAGUAUGGCAGAACAAACUGAACCAUCCUUUCUGCUGUAGAAUCAAGAUGGCGUCCGAUCUGGUUCCACUUUCCCUUCUUCUGUCUCGUCAGUAUCCACUGGUAUGUAAGGUAACCAAUGACAUCUCUCGCUGUGCCACUAAAGAGUUUGGAAUUUGAGUAUGAAGAGGAAUAAUGCUAUUUGAAGAUGUCAGUGAGUCUAUGCUAUCAGUUGUGAAGUAUCGUUGGGAGACGAGUGAGUUAAAGAAAUGAGAAUCUGGUUUUAAACAUUCGGCUCUAGUCACUGUUGGCACUAUUGAAGCUUUUUCCAUUGGGGUACGUUAUGUGGAAGGCUCCUAACUUUUAACACUUUUAACAAUCAAAGUGUGAAAAGGGUCUAGGGUAUAUGGAAAUAUAAUGUAUAUAUUUAGGGAUGUAGAGGAACUAGUAAUAAAAUAAAAAUAUGCAGGCUGGCCAAAGAAAGAAGGCGUUUUUUCCACGAUUCAUUUUGGGGUUUGUGUGUUUUUAUUUUGGUAUUAAAGCUUGAAUUGAAUCCUUUUGUGUAUGUGUGUGUGACUGAGACAGUGUUUGUUAACCUAUGUGGUGAGCUGUGGACGACCCCCAUGGUGGUCAGUCAGUCUGUGAUUUGAUUUGCACAAAGGCUCUAGUUCCUUUGGUCACACACUGGAAAUCCUCAGCAUUGCCUAGCAACAGUUCAACACAGGAAACCAAUCCAGACUCAGAAUGGCUCAUCGGUUGGUUCGUUGCACAGAUAGGGAGUAAAGGAGGGCGUAAUGUACAAGGAGACAUUUCCACAUCCAAUGUAAGUGCAGAUUCUGCUUCUACCUCAAGGGUUGAUCGGAAUAUUUUUUCUUGAGUUUCCUUAUAAUUGCAAGUUCCAAACUCAUACAGGGGCUCAAGUCUUGGAUAUAGAAACAAUUCACGGAUCAUAUCAGUUAACAUGCAGGCAGUCAUUGUGUAGUGCAGCGAGUGUGUGGUACAUUGGUGCAGUCCUACUCCUAGCAUGUGCUCUUAUAGUUUGAUUGUACAAAUCUUAUUUUAGAAUAAGUGUAAAAACAUUCAGGAAUGUCGCAGGGAAAUGUUUGAUUCAAACGAUGAAAGACAAAUAUGUUGUUGUGAAUAUUUAUUAGAUAGUUAUUAUAGCUAUUAUUAUUUUUGUAGCUUUUUUGGUUGAGAUGUAUAUUUGUUUAAAUUCUAUUUUGGACCUUGGACUUUCUGUCCUUUAUUUUGCUCUGUUAAUAAAGCUUGUGACUGGUACCAGG